GUACUCUUCGAUACGGGCUCAUCAAAUCUAUGGGUACCGUGCGCUGAUUGUUCGAGGUUCGACCUGGCAUGUCAAAAUCAUAAUCAAUUUACUUGUUCACUCUCGCAGACUUGCAGAAGAACCAGUGAGCAAUUCCACAUUCAAUAUGGCUCGGGUUCGAGUUCGGGACACAUUGAUAGAGACACCGUUUGUUUCAAUAGUCCGAACAGUGGAUAUUGCACGGACGCUAACCAGGGAUUUGCUUGCGUAACCAGCGAACCUGGCAACACUUUCACGAAUGCUGCAUUUGACGGUAUCCUGGGUAUGGCAUGGGACUCAAUUGCUCAAGAUCACAUCGCACAACCGAUGGAUCAAAUUUUCGAACGUCCGGAAUGUGCUCAGAAGUUGUUCGCGUUCUAUUUGAGCCGAGAUGGUACCACAAUAAAUGGUGGAGAGUUGACGCUAUGUGGCAUUGAUGAAAGCCGCUAUACGGUUGCAUUUUGUUGUUUAAAUUUGUAG